AUGAUUCAUUUAGUAUAAUCAUUAAAUCUGUUGCAGAUAAAAUAACUGAACAAUUAAUACAAAUAAUUGAAUCACAGUUAAUACAGCCAUGGUCAACAUUGGCAGUUAGCAGUGUAACAGAUAGUCUUUCAAAGAAAAUUCAAAAUAAUUACUUGGUUAAUAAAGAUCAAAAUUCAGAUAGUCAAAAUGAGGAUCAAAAGAAAUAUGAUGAACUUAAAAAUAAAACAUAUUUAACAGAAGAAGAUAAAAUAUUUAUGAAAAAUUAUGGAAAAUAUAGAACAUUUACUGAACAAAUUAAUUAUAAUUCGAAAGAUUAUUGUAUUGCAUAUGAACAAUGCGAAGUGGCUUAUUAUGCACAGACGUUCGAGGCUAUGAAAAAUGGUAAACAAGUAAAUAAAGAAAUACAAGAGCUUGCUGAUGAUGUUAGAAAUAAUAAAGCUGCUAGUAUGGCCGAAAUAAGUCUUAUAGCCAAAAAAUAUGGCAUUAAGCUAAAAGUAGUUGCUGAUAAAAAUUAUCAAAGAACACAAAAAGAAAUAGAUGAUGGUGUUGAAGUUAUAUAUGUAGAAAAAGGCAGUAAAGAUGACAAAAAUGCUGAUCAAGUUGGACACGCUUAUUACAUAGAUAUGAAUGGAAACUGCUAUGAUGUGGAAGCUAAGCUAAACGAUUGUUUUUAUGGAGUUUUUAGUAAAAUAUUAGAAACAAAAGGCAUAAACAAAUCUAUAGAGAAUAUUCGUAAUGAAACAGCUGAUGUUAUUCAAUCAAAUGCAAACUAUUCGAAAGUAAUGGAAGCAGAAGCAUGGAUAUGUGAUCGGUAUCCUCAAGCGGCGAAUAGUCUAUUAUUUAGUGCUGGAAAAAAAGACAACAAGAAAAACUUUACAGUGUCUGCAAAGGCCCCCGAUACUUCCCGUGGUUAUUCUGGCGAGGUGGAUAAUAUUGAAAAAGCCAAUGAUGAAAUCACGAAAGCAAUAAUUGGUCAUUUAGACGAACUGACUGGUAUUGAAGGACUACCAGGUGUUGCUCUUACUGAGAUAAAAAAACAACUCAAAAGUUCGAAACUUUUUACAAAAUUUCAUGAAGAUGCCACAGAAGAAAAAAAAGUUGUACAAGUUGAUUUUGAAUUUGAAGGUGAACGAGGUAAUAAACAGGAGUGGAAGCUCAAAAUAACAAUCGAUUUUGAUAAGCCACCAGAUAAAAAGCCGCACAUGGGUUAUGAAGUUCACUUACAUGACAAGAAAAUAAAAGUAGGACAUGCAUCUGUGCGUAAUGACAAGGGGACCAUUGGUAGGCCCCCACCACGCGACGCUGAUAAAAUGCAGGAAAUUCCAAACAAUAAGAACCGCGCAACUAAAUUUGAUAUGCCCGAAAACAGUGGUGAAACCAAAUUUAAGACAACAGGUGGAUCAAUGAGAUGGAAAUUUACACCAAAGAAAUCAAACGCCUGA